AUGUUUCAGGUACAUCUCAGUAUCGCGGAGUGUUACAAAGAUGAAGAAUGGCAUCCAGAUGAUGUUGAGGUGUUUGUUGAUGACAAAGAGGAUGAUGGAAGAGUUGAUGUAGGGGAGGAAGCAUGGAGUGAAGGUGAUGAUGAAGGAGUGGUUACAGUUGAUAAUGAUGUGAUGGAUGAAGGACAAGUCGAAGCAGGGAUUAAAGUUGUCGUUGAGAGAGUGGAUGAGGGAAAAAAUGAAGAUGAUGGAGUCAAUAACUUGCAAAACCAAUGUACCAAACAUACGUACAGGGAAAGGAAACAUUCUGAGAGGAUACCGAAGCUAAAGUUGAAGAAGACUGUGUAUGAAAAAGAUGGUAGUGAUUCCAGUGCUACCAAACCUGUCAAGUUGGAUUAG